UAGCGGCGCAACAGUCGAGUCUUUAAAGUCUAACAACACAUCAGUGACACAUACUGGCGAAGCCGUUUCAGUAACCGCGCUGGAGAGUUCGACCGCACAGCAAUCUCAACUGGAAGGUAAACAGCUUGCAAAUGCAGAUUAUUCAACAAUCCCUGCCAGUCCUGUUCCUAGGGAACAACCACAUAGUGCUUCUACGUCACCACACUCAGCUCCACUCUCUUCGAACAUAACCACAGAGAUGAAGUCACUAGCGACCCUUCCUACUUUAUCGCAAGUAAAUAAUAGCUUUCCUUCCUCUCAAGAUAUCAUAUUGUUAGCACCAAAUGUAGGACGGCUUUCGUCUUCCCCAACACAAUAUACUUCCGAAACAAUCCCAUCUCCCUCGACAUCCCUGAACCAGUCUCCUUCCGGCUCGUUCAUAUUUGCGCUUAAUCCAAAGGCGACGCAAGGACAACAGAAAAGUCCAAAUCCGCAAAAGCCAAAGCCGUAUGUGUGUACUGAAUGUAAUCAAACAUUCAGUCGUCAGCAUAAUCUAAAAUCACACGCUUUGACACACUCGCAAGAGAAACCUUUCAAAUGUGAAAUAUGCCAUCAUUUUUUCAGACGCCACCAUGAUUUGAAGAGGCACUCGAAACUGCAUACUGGUGAGAAACCAUACACUUGUGAGUACUGCAACAGGAGCUUUGCCAGGUUAGAUGCUUUGAAUAGGCAUUUGCGCGCCGAGAGUUUUUGUGGCGGUUCGCAAAAGAAAAUAUUUCGCAAUACCACGAUGCCGAUAGCCCAGCAAUCUAAUCAGUCUGAUCGGAUUGAAGCGACAGGUUCAACCUUGCAAUCUCAGUCUCAAGUUUUGGAUUUCUCGAAAACGCAGCAAAGCAAACAACAACAAACGCUAGGGCUUGAGAAUGCUAAGCAACAGCAACUUCUACAACAUACGGACAUAGUAAAUUCGUCGGUUGUCCAUAAUAAUUCUAUAAAUGGUGAUUCUGGAACAUCACUUGCAUCAGCAAGCCAAGAUGCGCUUAAAAGACAUCAUUCCCAACUCACUGAACAAACUCGAAAGUCUUGGCUGCAGAAGGGUGCGCUGGGUGCUACAUCAUCAACCAAGUCUGGAAGUAUGAGCAAACCUGUUCUUCCGAAUCUAGUGAUUCCAAAUAGGAUGAUGUCUGCGCCACCACAAUUUGUGUUUUCAGUGGACUCGGCUUCAGCACAAUCCACAGGAUCAUCAUCGCAAUAUCAUCCUAUGCCAUUUACCCAGACUCCGACAGAAUACACUAGUCAGGCGAAAGAACCAGUUCGUCGUCAGACAGAUACUAUGUCUGUUCAGAUCGAGGAUGGUAAUCUCAACAACUACAUAAUAAAACUGAAAGAGCACAAUGAGUACUUAAAGGGAAGGGUAGAAGAACUUGAGAAUGAAGUAAUCAACGAACGUAAGGAACGAGGAAUUCGAGAAUUUCUUGAAGAAAAAGUCAAGGCUCUGGAGAUUGAGAAAAAUCUCCUGAAAAACUUGUUACUUGAACGUGACAACCAUACAGCCCCAGAGUCUACGAAACGAACGGAAAAGAAAAGAAAGGCGUCAAUCAUAAUCGAGCAAUCGUCACCACCCAAACAUUAUAAAGAUGAUGACGAGAUAGCUGUAAUAUCGCAGUCGGCGCAAUAA